AUGGAGCUGAGGGACAGCGAUGCCGAGAGCGACGGCGGGCCGGAGGCCGUGAGCCUAUCGGCGGGAAGAGACGUUUUCCUGGCCCGCCGGAGGCUGGAGCGCGAAUCGGGCAAAAAAAAUGCGGCCGGGGGCGGCGGGGCGCGGCACAACGCUGCCAGCGAUCGUGGAUCGGGAGAGGAGCGGGGAGGCGAGGGGAAUGGGGGAGGGGGGGAAGGGGUCCAGGAUUCGGUGCCCAAUCGCCUGCCCGAUGAGGUGGUCAAGGUGAUGAUGGCCAGGGCAGCUAGGAGCACUCAACGCCAGGGCCAUAGCGGACAGCCCAGGCUCUUUGGGAAAGGCAACUCAGGAGGCAUGAAACGGAAGCGGACAGCGGUGACAGAGGUGAACAAGGGGCCUAUUGUCGUGAAGGUGCUGUAUGGCGAUGCACCGCCCAAGGCCACAG